AUCGAAUUAUUUUCAAAUAAAUCCAAAAAGAGUAUUGAAGAGCGGAGAAGAAAGGAAAAAAGAGUGGAAAGAAAAAGAGAGAUGAUCAUAAAAAGAAAAGAGAGGAAAGAGAACUAGUGAACCGAGAGAUGCGGAAAUGAAAGAGAGGAAGGCCAAAUCGAGCGAAAAUGGGGAUGAUGCCAAAAUGACAUUGUUACCCUUAGAAUCAUUCUAGAACUAAUAAUCAUGGAUAUGUGACUUGCACGCGAUUCCCUAACUCAAUCGUUUUUAUUCAUGUUGUUUGAUUUUAGAAGGUGGUUGGUUUGUGGUUUUAAAACUGGCGACUAAUCCUUACAACACAAGGUCGAAAACCAAAAAGGCAAUGACAACCAACGAGGACACCGGGUUGGUUGACGUGGAUGCUCAAACACAGUUGAUUGACCAAAAUUCGGGCUUAGCUGAAGAAGUGAGAAUGUUAAAACAACACAUGGAAAACAUGUAUCGGGCUUGGAUGACUGGUCAGGCACCACCUCCACCGCCACCUAGCUUCCUCGACAUUUUCCGUAAUGUGCCGACCUCAAGCCGAGCUCCACUUACUGUGCCUAGUGAUCCAUCUAACAGUGGGCCCUUGUUCAAAACCCCUAAUGUUUAACCCUAUACUCCAGAACCGACUUUAAAUGUCUCUAACCCAUAUAGUUAUAACCCUCACCUUGAGCCUUCCGUUAACACUGAAAAACUUUAUAAGACCGUGGAUGAUGAGGAAAUGACUAGAAAGAUGAAAAGCUUGGAGCAAUCCAUAAGAAACUUGUAAGGUCAGGAAGUUCAGGAACCCGCCUGGAUAGUAGGGACAUCUUUCAACUUCAAGUUUAGGAGCCCGCCUGAAGAAUAGGGUGUACUUUCAGUUAGAAAUAGCAGGAGCCUGCCUGAAGAAUAGGGUCACUAUUCAACUGCCUUUCAAUUUCAAGAUCAGGACCCCGCCUGAAGCAUGGAGUUUAUUUUCAAGUUUAAUUUGAGAUCGAAGUGUUUAUCUCACACAUGGGAAGACAUGAAGAUUCGAGUCAAGAUUCAAGAGAUGCUUCAUAGCUAGGAUCUUGUACUGUAUUUUUUUUUUUUUUUUUUACUUUUGUCUUUCAUUUUAUGCAAUAACAGGAUUGCAGACCGAAGCCUUGACAGGACCUCGCUCGACUAUUCACCUCAAUAUGUUUCAUCUCCCUUUUUACUCUUGAAUUACACGUGACCUGAUUCCCUUAUAACCCGGGAUAUGUAGGAUGCCCAAAACCAGGGCUCGGUUGCAUCCUUUUCUUUCUUCCCCCUCCUUUUAGAAUAUCGGUCGGGUCAAACUAGUCUUUUUGUCUACUUGUUUGUCUGAAAACUCUCCGUGUUCCCAGUCAAACAGGGGCAGAUGUAGACACGUGAUUUUUGACCCUCCCCGGUUUGUUUCACCUUCUAGUAUCUAAAUUUUCCUUUAAAUAUGGUCUGGACAUUUUAUUUGGUUUUAUUUUAUUUAGUAGGUCUUAUUUGAAUAUUCGGAAAUCACAAAAAUAGAGUCACAUUUUAGGAUAUACGUUUAGUUUCGUUUUUUUAAAUUUUUAUUUUUUUAUUUUUAUUAGUACAGAAAGAAAGAAAAUGUCCGAAAAUAUGUUAUCUAUUUUUAGUUUAAUUUCCAAGUUAAAAGUUUUAAUAAAUAAAUAUAGAGUAAGUACAUAUUUUAAUCUUGCUAUUUUAAUUUAGUAGUAGUAUAUUUUAUAUUCUCACUUGUUAAUUAUAUGUCAUAUCACCACUCAAUUUUAAUACUGCAUCUACACACGCAUAUCACAUGCACCCUUUUAUGUAUUUUUUCUUAAAAAUAACAACAAAACAAAAAAAAAGCCUUUUUCCAUUAUAAAAAAAAAAAGAAAAAAAAAGAGAGAAAACCCAUCUGCACCCACUUUUUAAGGCCCAUUAUCCAAAGCCUUUUUCAUGUACUUCUACACAAUAUAUAUAAAGACUAUGCCCUAAACCGAAACACAAUAUACUCAGCCGCCACUUCCAUAACACUCACACACUUAAGAAUCAGCCACAACAUAUAGCAAAAAUUAAAAAAUGGCUCAUUUAUUCUUCAUUAGGUUCAUGUAUAUGAACAGCCAUAUAUAAAAACACUAAUCAGCCUUAAGAGCAACUCACUCAUUUCACCACACAAAAAAACCCAUCAUAGCUUCGUUUAUCCUCCUUUAAACAUCAUCCAGAACUUGAUCUUCUUCACCUUAAAUUAUAAAUCAAACGUAACAAUGGAAAAACCAUAGUUAAACCACCUUAAUCCAAAAAUACCACUACAGACACCAUAGGUUCAUUCUCAAAGCUUCGGUUGUCCUCGAUGUCGUCCUUCGAGGUUUUCGGUCCAAGUAUAUUUGUCAAGUUUCAUUGUUGCUUGUCGAAUUAAUUGUUGUUGUAUCAAGCUCGGGCUUGCAGGUUAAUAUAUUGAAGAGGGUUUUACUCCAUUAAAGUUUCAUGUUGCACUUUCAAGACAGAUACUAAUGUCGACAAGAAAAGUCAGUCAAGUCUUAGCAAAGCACUGAAGCAAAUGAAAAAAACAAUACACCAGGAAAUCGUCUAUAAGAAAGUAUUAGGAUAUGUGCUUGGGCCUCACUAUGGAUUACAAAGAGUUGAUAAGAGCGCUUUUCAAUACACGAAUAAGGAGCACAAACACCGGCUGACUACGCAUAUAACGAGUUGGUUGGAGAGGUUCAACAUAAACGCUCUUGGGAAAAAUUGUCGGGAAUUUUGAGAUGCUUAUAAAGUCAUUUACUCAUCUUGAUAAGGAAUUUGCUCAUAUGAGGCAGAUAACUAAAUCAUGCAAAUCUCUAGAAAGUAUUGAUGGAGCUUAUGGAAACAGUUUUGGCAUGAAAGCGAAGCUCUCUUGGGCCACCUUACAUUCUCUUCUUCAUUCUGAAAGAACUCUGUGUCGUCACAAUGGUUAUCUAUGGUUGGGGGAUUUGAUCAUCACAGAAAUUGUCGAGGAAGGGGAUGCUAGUAUAUGGUCAAGCAUCAGAAGUUUGCAGGAGAAAAUUUCUCGGGCCAGUGUUAUUGACUAUUCACGUGAUUUAGAUGUCCCAUUAUCCAUAUGGCUCAUGUGUGGGCUAAUAAAAUCGAAAAGUAACCUCAUUAGAUGGGGCUUUUUAUAUGUUUUGGAGAGGCUUCUUAUGCGCUGUAAGUUUUUAUUAGAUGACAGUGAAGUCCAACACGCAAUUAGUGGUGAAACAGUUGGAGAUCUGCAUAAUAAAACUCGUCUCGAGAAAGCGAAUGCAGUCAUUGACAUCAUGAGCAGUGCCUUGUCCCUGAUGGGCCAGAUAAAUGAGACCGACCGCAUGAAUACAUUAAAGAUGUGUGAAAUUCUUUUUUCUCAACUGUGCGUAAAAGUCCUCCCUUCAACUGUGACAUCUAUGGAUGAUCCUAUGACCUGUAUCAAAGAUGUUAGCUGGAAUAAGACGAUUGGUCCAGGAGAAAGCUUCCCUCUACAGGAGUGCUUUGGCUGGGAGGAAAACAUUGAAGAUACUAACCACAAACUCAAAAGAAACAAGGAUCCUCCAAAACCAGAAACUGCAUCGAUGGCGGCGCUGUUUCUCCAUGGACAGGCCAUUGUUCCUAUGCAAUUGGUGGCACGUGUUCCUGCUGCUUUGUUUUAAUGGCCGCUAAUCCAACUUGCUGGUGCCGCGACUGAUAAUAUUGCAUUAGGUGUUUCUGUUGGCAGCAAAGGAAGAGGAAAUGUUCCUGGUUCCACCUCUGACAUACGAGCCACUCUUCUCCUGCUUUUAAUUGGUAAAUGCACAGCAGAUCCUGCGGCUUUUAAAGAAGUUGGUGGGGAGGAAUUCUUUAGGGAGUUGUUGGAUGAUACAGACUCAAGAGUGGCAUAUUACUCUUCAAUGUUUCUUCUGAAGGC